UGUGAUCGCCACUCACAAAGGGGAGCGGAGCCGAAACGUGCCACGCGUUCAUCAAACGCACCUAAACUGAAGCACCGCCCGUCGCUCGCGUGAUCGCCACCAACACGCGUCACGCUCGUUAAUCUGGUUAAUUUACAUACGUAGCACCGCCCAGAGAGGCGGGGCACGAAAAAUCCAUCGAUCCGGAGCCGCGGAUGAGGCUAAACGGAAAAACAGCUGAGGAAAAAGUUUGGCGGAGAGAGGGGCUGCGGAUCGAGCGACGCACUUCCAGUGACCAGGAGCAGACGCUCGUUUGGAUCUUUACCCCGGUUUUUGGAUGACGAUAUGGACGCUUUGAAAUCAGCCGGGAGGGCGAUUAUUCGGAGCCCCAGUAUCGCCAAACAGUCGUGGGGUGUUGGCAGGCAUAAAAAGCUUCCAGAGAACUGGACGGACACAAGGGAGACCCUUCUGGAGGGUAUGGUGUUCCAGUUGAAAUACUUGGGUGUCACGCUUGUCGAGCAGCCAAAAGGAGAGGAGCUGUCUGCAGCCGCCGUGAAGAGGAUAGUGGCCACGGCCAAAGCCAGUGGAAAGAAACUCCAGAAAGUCACAUUAACAGUCUCCCCACGGGGAAUCAUCCUUUAUGACAGUGCCUCCAACCAGCUGAUAGAAAACAUCUCCAUAUACAGAAUAUCUUAUUGCACAGCAGACAAAAUGCAUGACAAAGUGUUUGCCUAUAUCGUCCAGAGCCAGCAAAAUGAGACCCUUGAGUGUCACGCCUUCCUCUGCACCAAGAGAAAAGUGGCCCAGGCAGUUACGUUAACGGUGGCCCAGGCUUUCAGAGUGGCAUUUGAGUUCUGGCAGGCUGCCAAGGAAGAAAAAGAGAAGCGUGUGAAGUCGGGUUCGGAUGGGGAAGGAGCCAGCAGCUCUCAAUCAGAAAGCUCAGCCAGCCUGGGAAGCCUGAAGGGAGGAGAGGUGGCCACAGGGAAUCUCCUGGAUUUGGCAGAGGGGGCCAAUGUGGCACUGAUCCAUUCAAGGACAACGGAGAGCGAACCAGAUCCCUUUAUGGUGCAUAACCAAGCAACCGAGAACAACAACACUGUAUGGGAGUUGGAGGAUGGUCUGGACGAGGCUUUCUCAAGACUCGCUGAGUCUCGCACUAACCCCCAGGUCCUGGACAUUGGGGUAAACCCUCAGGACUUAAACACUGACGAGUGCCUAUCCCCAGGAAAAUGGGACCAAGCGGACACGGAGACCGCCGAACAAAAGGAUGCUUUCGGUUUCUAAGGCGAAGCUGCUGAUGCGGAGGAGGAGGGGGGGGUGAGAGUGGACAUGGAUGAGGGGAAACGGUGGAAGAGACAUGGCUAGAGACUGGAGAACCGGCAAAAGGGACGCAGCUUUCACAAGCAGGUUUUCUUCCCAGCAUCUCAUUGUUGCCUAGUCAGUCAGUGGUGCCAUCUAGUGGAUGUGGAUGGUAGAGGAGGGCAACGUGAGCAGGCUGCUCAGAGACCAAAGCAAUACAAACCAAUUUCUCCCUUUUUCUAUGAAAAACAAAAAACAACAAAAAAACAAACCAUGCAGUUAUUUGAUGUAUGUUACAGUCAGUGUAUACGUUACUUUAUUUCAGUUUACCCACUCACUGUGCGUAAUGCUACGUUGUUUGUAUUGUGUGUGUUUGUGUACAAGGCGUUCGAGUAUGCUUGUAUGUAUAUGUAUGUGUAAUGGACAUAUGAGGUUUGAGUUGAAUUCGGCACAGUUGACUAAAUGACGUAAGAGCUAAAACGGAGGUGCCGAUACAGUCGUAUUUACGUAGAGAUGGAGAAUUGUAACUGGAUCAUAGGGACAAAUUUACCUGUAAGCUACGACACCACCCGUUGUAGUAACCAGGGUUAAAAACAAAUGAGGUCAUGUUCUGUGCUUUAAGACUACAGACUGGUUGGGUGAACAGGCUUUAAAAAUGUGUGUGUGUGUGUGUGUGUGCGUGCGUGCGUGUGUGUGUGUUAAAUGAUAAGACAAUCUUUUUUCAUAUGCAAAUCUAUUUUUGCACUCUACAUUCAUCCCUCUCUAAAGCACAUAUUUCAUGUAAAAGAAUUUACCAACAAUAACCUUCAUGGUCAAUACUUAGGCUUAUAUACCACUGUAUGUUAAAUUAAAUUAAAAAUUUUUUUAAUUUACUUAUUUCCUCUGGCAAAAGGUCCCAGUGUUAUGACAUUUUAGUUAACGUUUGAAAUUAAUUUAAUUGAGUAAUUUGCAUAAACUUGAAUAACAUUUCAAAGUGUGUCUGUGGUAUUUUGUUUAAACUCCUGUGGCACCUCCUCUAUCAGGUUCUGGUUUCCUUUGACAUUUGGCUAAAUUGAAAUUACAUUUUAAAGACUGUUUCAGAUUAUCAUUAUUCAAACCAAUCAUCGGCUGUUUAGUAGUGGAAAACCGCUCCAUUUG